UUGGUAAAAUUUCAAACUUGUUUGGGUGUGAAAAAAAAUGGUGUGGAAUGUUGUAUUUAAGUCAACGGUUAUAGGAAUAUAUUCUAUAAUAUUAGCAUUGAAUGCGGAUUUUACUAAGAAUACUUUAAAGGCAACAACAGACUUAAUAUCAUAAUAUUGUUAUCGUUUAUUUUUAGUUUAUUUUUCUGGUGAGAGUGAGGUUACUUUUAGUUUAGGUAGUUUUUUUACGAUUUUUUUAUUGCAAUAUUCAACUACGUACUCUCUACUUUAUAAGAAACAAAGAAAAUGGCUUUAGCGAUGGGUGAUUUAGAUUCAACAAUGGAAAUCGUAAUGAAAAAUAUUUAUUCUUCGUGUGACCUCCAGAAUACAAACUUGGUACCUACUUCCAAGUUGAUUGAGUUCAUAAUGCCAUACAUGCUGGAAGAUCUUUCAGCAUUAGAAAGUUUGAAAUCUUCAUUGGACCCCAAAAACGAAGAUAUGUCCGUUACCAGUGAAAAAUUCUACGAAGUUAUGAAUGAAUGGGCACAAAAAAUCACAGGCUCAAAUGAAGAAGAUGAAGAUUUCAUACGUACUCCUAGUCAAUUAGAUAUAGAUGAAAAGCGUCUGCCAUACACACAGUCUACGCCUAGAGCAAGUUUCGGGCAAAGACUGCUCAGAUGUGAAGGUCUUCUAAACUUAUCAAAUGAGUCAAUUUAUAAUAUAUCCGCUAGUGUUGAUACCAAAGAUAAUAGUACAGUUGGGGUAGAGAAAACGAUUCUGGAAGAGCAAGUCAAGAGAUUAGAACACCAACUCAAUAAGGUUACGGGUGAACUGGAUAUGGUUAAAAUACAGUUAACUGUGACCGAGGAACAGAAUGACCAGCUUCACUCGGAUUUGGAAAGAUGUCGUACAAGAUUGUCAAGUGAACAACAGGUCAAUGAUCACCUACAAAAAAACAAAAGUUGCAUAGAUGAACUUAAAGAAGAAAUAAGAUUUGGAAAGAAACGAAUAGAGGAACUCAACAAAAAGCUCAGUCAGUACGAGAAAGACAAUUUUCAUAUGAAUAACUACAUCCAGCAACUAGAAAAGGAGAACACCGAAUUAGAAGAAAAGUUGGAACAUUUUACGAGAAGAGAACAGGAGUGGAAAAAAGAAAUGUUCGAUAUGAAGACAGAACUGGACAUUAAAGAACAUGAGAUUAUAAGUAUUACAAAAAUCAACGAUGAAUUGAAGUUGAAAUUGUCAGAGAAAAAGAGUCAAGUCGACCAACUCACAAACGAAAACGAGCUUCUGGAUUACAAGAAACAAGGCCUAGAAAAAGUACUGUCUUCCAGGCGUUUUUCCUGUUCCUCGCAGUACAAAACAUGUCUAGAAGAAAUCGGCAAUCUUUCCAACAGAGGUACAAAGAAAUCUGUUUCUUUGAAUAAUCUGAAUUUAUCGACUCAGUCGUUGCCGAACAUUUACUCUUCUGAGCGGUCUAAUGUUGUUCAAGAUCAGAGUUACGAAGAAGAGUUUUCAUUCGAGUCGCAGCUGCUGGAUAUCAGGAAUGGUCCUCAGACAUCUCUGCAGGCGGAACUCUUUCAGGUGGAUUGUCAUUUCGAUAACAAAUUAAAAAACGGAACCCAUCACCUUGAUGACGAUGACGAAUUAUACUAUUUCAAUCUUCAAAAUGAAACAGAGCAGCUAAAACAAGAAAACGAUCGGUUGCAGACCGAACUAACAAUUUCCAAUGAUAAAACUACAGAACUCCAAAUAAAACUUGGUGAUAUUAUGUUUGAAAAACGAAAUAUUGAAGAAUCUCUCAAAAAUUCUAAAAUACACGCGUCGAAACUCGAAGAGGAGAUUAAUUUAUUAAAAAGAAAUCUAAAUAUUACAAAAGAAAAUGAGUUAGAACAAAGUAAUAAAGAUAAAAGGAUUGCAGAAUUGGAAAAAGAAUUGAAUGAGUUGAAAAAUAAAUACGAAACACUGAAGUCGGCUCAAGCUUUGCUGGAGGAAGAACUACUCAAACAUGAAAAUAAGUUCAAUUUUGAAACCGCCUUCAAAGCUCAACAAAAGGAAUUAUGCGAGAAAAACAAGGAUUUGGUAGAGCUUCAACAAACGUCUAAAGAAUACAAGGAAAUGAUCUGUAAGCUGACCAAAUCGAAUCAGGAACUGGAGAAAACUCUGAAACAAAUCAAAGCAGAGUUGAAAGACAAAGAGGACACCGCCGAAAAAGUACAAGCUCUCAAUGAAAACAUAGAAGAAACAGCUAGCCAAGUCCAAGCCCACAUUGACAAUAAAAAAACUGUGAUUACGGAGCUGCAACAGCUCAACUUGGCAUUCGAAACCAACAUAAAAAAGUUGCAGACUGAGCUCAGCAAUAAAAUCACUGAAGUUAUGCGAUUGAAGGACAUUCUUAAGAAAAACGAAAGUAUAAAAAAUAAGAUCUGGCACGAUAAUAAAGUAAUGCAGCAGGAUAUCCACGAUUUGAAACAAGAGAACCAGAAUCUCCACAGGCAACUGGAAGAAAGUGAUAAAUUGAGGGAAGAUCUGAAAGACGAGUACAAUAGUAUCUUUUCGAAAUACGAGGAAGAGCUUGCCAAAAAUGAUGAUUUGCUCGUUCAGAUAUCAUGCCAAAAACAAGAACUAUCGAAGAUUCUAGAGGAAGUCGGCUCCCUAAAGAAGGAACUGGAUUGCAUCAAGCACAUCCAGAAGGAAGACAAAGAGAAGAUAAAUCAGAAGUUGUCGGAAUAUGAAGUUUUGUUACAAAGCUACAACGCAAAAACCAAAGACCUCAGAAACCACAACGAACAGUUACAAAUCGAAUUGGAUAACGAAAGACAGAAACAGCUCAAGGAAGACAGAGUUUCUGAAGAACUGUUCAAAAAACUGGAAGCAUUCCAAACCAUGCUCCUGAAUUUAGAAACCAAGAUAAGUGAACUCGAAAAUCAGAAUGAGCUGCUCAGAGUCGAAUUGGAACGCGAAAGAGGAAAAACAAGAAGGGCACCGGACGGAGACUCUUCGUCCGAUUGCAGCUGUACGUCUUUCACCUUUGAAAAGCUAACUCAUGAACCAAAGAGUAGAUCUUUCGAGAAGCAAAAAAUCACGAUAGAUCGGUUGAAGGAAAAAGUAGAGCUGUUGGAAAAGAAGUUGUUGAGUGAGAAGUCUAGAUGGGACAGGUUGAAGAAUGAAAAGGAAAACGUUGAAACGAAGUUGAGGAAAGAAUUUGAGGAGGCGAAUAAUCUCAUAACCGUUGAGAAACAAAAGUUUCAUGAGGCCGAGGAGGCGAAGAAUCUCAUUUCCAUCGAAAAACAGAGGUUGCAGAGAGUCGUUGAUGAUCUAACUGAUGAGUUGAAGACUCAGGAGGAGCAUUAUAAGGAGAUUUGCGAACGUUCGAAUGAGAAGGUGAAAGAAAUCUCGUUGAAAAUAUCCCAGUUUGAAGAAAGUAAUGAACGCUUGCGCCUCGAACUAGCGAAAAAGGAAACAAUUUUCAGUAAACACCUGGAGGCCAAUAACAAUAAUGAAAAGAUCAUCAGCGAACUGAAUCGAAAGUUACAGGAGCUGAACGAUCAGCAGUCGAAAGUUUCCUUGGAACUGGAGGAAAAAAGAACUGCCUACGCUGAUCUUCUCUCAGAGUACAAAACAUUCCAGCACAAUGCGGAGAGUCAGCUGUCCAAAACAGCUCGGGAAUUAGUCGAUCGGAAGGACGCCUACGCUGAUCUCCUACUAGAGUACAAAACCUACCAGCAAAAAUCGGAGGAACAGCAGUCGAAAUUUCUGCAGGAACUCGCGGAGAGCAAAAACUCCUAUUCCGAUCUUCUGUCCGAAUACAAAACAUUCCAGGAAAAAGUGGAAGACGAGCAAUCUAAAGUUUUCUUGGAACUGACCGAGAAAGAAAACUCUUACGCUAGUCUUUCGUUAGAGUACAAAACAUUCCGGGAGAAACUGUCCAAGACUGAUGAUCACAAAGAAAAGGAGCUGAUGGAUAUCGAGGAGAGGAUCAAACGUUCUCGUAUGGUUUUAGAAUCUCUGGAUGCGGAAUUGGAAGCUUCAAGAGAACGAGUGAGCAAAUCGAAGACUGAGGUGGAUUGCGUGUCAGAAAGGAUCAAUGAGCUGAUGGACAUUGUUUGUAAAUGCAGUAAUGAAUUGUCAAGGGUAUUUUCACAAGUUAAUGAAAAAUGGAAAAAUAUUAUUGCCGACAACCCUAUUUAUAGGAAUCUACCCUCCAUGAAAAUGUGCCAUACUCUGGAUAUCGAAGAAGGAAUAAAAGUACUUAAUGACAAUAUAAAAAUAACAGUGACCUUACUGGAACUAUUGUCCUCAAAGGCCCCGAUUUCGAUGGACGAUCCUGAUUCUCAAGGAUUUGCUUCUCAGCAAAUAAAUUCAAGUGAUUGUAAGACUGUUAAAAAAUUUACUCUGAGGCCUUCUAGACUGAUUUUGAAUAGACCGGAGAGUCCCGACUCACCGUCCAUAGAAAUAGAUUGUCCCCCCGUCGAACCACCCAAACAGGAGUCUGAUGGUGAUACGGCGAAUGAUGGAUGCCAUAUCAAAGAGUUAACUUCAGAAACUACUGAUGAUAACUUAGAGAACAGUUCGCAU